CGCCCCAUACUUACCCUCCGAGUUCUUCGAAACACCGUUGAAUUUGAUAAAGUGUCUAAUCUUUACGAUGCUCUUCCUUUCUGUGGCUACGCAUUCAGGGAUGGCCCUUGGAAGGACGCACUAAUUGCUUUCGAUUUCGACCCUCGCUACAACCCAAGAUCCCGAAUUUACCAAACUAUCACGCUGGAAAUGUCCUAUGAUCCUAUACUGGCACCUGAUGUCGUCAAGUCCAUGGGAGACAAGAUGCAAAUCUCACUGCCGUACUUCGGGGCAGAAGAUGACCUGAACUCACACAUAUUUUCAGGAAGAACAAUCCACCCCGAGAGCCAGAUAUGGCAGAUAUACAAUAUUACAGAUGUUCUGCUGAGAAGGAUCAUAUCAACGACAGCCCUUCGUCACCGAGCUUGUCAGAAGACUGGCUUUUACCAUAAUAGUACCAUAGCCAAGAUAAUAAUAAUUAUGCGCGACAAAUUGGAAUGCCUACGUGAUGGUUGUGUCGCUUCUGAUCAUUAUUACGAGUGCUUGGUAGGCAUGCCGGACAUAUAUCAGCCAGUCGAAGGUCCUGUAUCUUCUGUAUCCUCAAGGUGCUUCCUACCUGUCGGAUCAACGUACAGUAGGAAAGGGGCGUUCCUCUGGUCUAUGGUACGGAAACUUGCC